CCUCCGUGUUAAGGAAUACAGGCAUGAGCAAUAUGUUGCAGUUUAUGAAACUUAUCGGACAACUAAAAAGGGUUCCGCGGACCGGGUGGGUGUACAGAAAAGUGAAGCAACCAGAAAGUGUUUCAGACCACAUGUACCGGAUGGCCAUGAUGGCCCUGACCAUAACAGAUCCAACAGUGGAUAAAGAUAGGUGUAUAAAGCUUGCCCUUGUUCAUGACAUGGCAGAGUGUAUUGUGGGAGAUAUUGCUCCAGCAGACAAUAUCAGCAAAGCAGAGAAACACAGACGAGAGGAGGCAACAAUGAGCGAACUAACAGCUCUGCUGCAGGAGGGACUCAAACAGGAAAUAUAUGGACUCUGGAAGGAGUAUGAAACCCAAAGUAGUCCAGAGGCGAGAUUAGUUAAGCAGUUUGACCUUCUGGAGAUGGUCAUCCAGGCUCAUGAGUAUGAGCAACUAGAGGGAACCCCUGGAAGACUGCAGGAGUUUUUUGACUCUACUGAUGGUCGAUUCCACCAUCCAGAUGUACUCCAGCUUGUUAACUCCGUGAAUGAAGAGAGAAGAGGUCACAUGAACAGUGCUGACAGAGAAAAGCAUUCAGGGAACCCACAGACAACCAGCACAGAGCCGAAGACCCCCACUUCCUGAUUCCAACACAAACACGCCUCUGCAG